AUGUCCGAUAACAAUGCUCACCACCCUGGGGUGCGUAGCUUGUUAGCGAAAUUCGAAGGCCAGAGCCCUAUCGCCUCCCCGCCAUCUCGCGGUCGAUCUCCCGCGUCAGACUCCUCGAUAACGGCUCAGCAGCUGUCCAAGGUGCGGGCCAGUUUUGUCACCGUGGACGGCAUCAUUCAUUCCGGUCCUGCCUCACCGUUGAAGAAAACAAAUGGACGCAGUGAUAAUUCUGGAAUGUUUGGACCGACAAUCAAUUCUGGGGAUGUGGAAGCUGGCCGGCAGAGUGCGGUUUCGCCUACCCCGAUCAGUCCUCUGGAUCACACACAGAACCCGACUCUGGGACAAAUAAUCGCUCUGGGUCGACCGAAUAUCGAACUCAAACAUGAAUCAAAUCAUAUUGCCAAGGAGGACCCCGCGAUACAUGCUGAGACUGCACCUCCGCUGCGAAACACCUCACCAAAAAAAGCAGAGCCCUCUCCCGCAGACUCCAAGCCGACAAGCCGGGGCACUUCCUCACAGAGGCUAGAUUCUCCGGCAAGAAUCAAGAAAAAGCCUUCUUCCGUUGGCUCUGCCCGCAGUGCGGCAAGCAAGCAUUCGGCAACCACUGCCUCUUUGGCUAGUGCGAAGCCUUCUACCGGCAACGCAAGCCCCAAGCUCACUGCCCGCGAAGUGGCCAAGGAGCGUGCCAACUCUCUGGUCCACAAGCCGAGCCGUGUCUCGCUGAAUAACAAGCCCACAGCCCGGCCAACCCGUGGCCCGACAACGGCCCAAGAUACUGCAAAGCCAGUUGCAGGUGCAUCCACCAGGACUGGAAUCAAAUCUUCAUCUAGACCUGCUCGCAGUGCGCCGGCUCAGGCAUCUACCAAUAGGCUAGGUAGCACGAGUGCUCCAAGCACCCGCACUACUACCGCCACAUCAACGCUGACAAGGAAGCCUUCAAGUCUCAGAAGCGCAUCCGGAAGUCAGCCGCAGACUACUACUCCCGCGUCCAGUGUCCGCAGACAGUCCUCUCGCCCUUCGCUACCCGCUCAGGCCGCUCAGGCCGCUAACGACCCGAGCGCUAAGCCAGUCAAUGAGGGCUUCCUUGCGAGAAUGAUGCGGCCAACUGCCAGUUCUGCUAGCAAGUCCCACCCCCAGGAGAAGACUGAUGCAAAGCCCGUUACCAAGGCAGCCUCCGCCACCAAGGCCCCUAGGCAAUCAAUCGGGAGGGUGCCAGAGCGUGCCGCCGCCCAGUUGAAGCCUAAGAGCAGCACCCUUCGACUCCAAAGCCAGAAGUCCCAGACUCUGCACAAGGAACCUGCUAAGCCUUCCCAGAAGAAGCAGGAAAGUGAGAAAGAAAAUGCUGUGAAGCCUAUCCAGUCCAGCCCGAAGGAGCCUGCCGCAGUGAAGUCCACCCCAGUUGUCGCCGAGGAACAGCCCAAGGCUGCCGCCGAGCCAGUUGAAGUGAUCACUGCUCCUGCUGAGGUUGAGGAGGUCGUCCCAGAAACCACCAUCGUUUCUGCUGAAUCAACCGAGAAGUCGGCUGAGGUGCCUGAACUGAUCGUCGAGGAGGCUGUUGCUGAAAGCUCUCCCGAGCCGGUCUCAGUCGAGGAUGCCACGGAGGUCCCAGCCCAGCCUAUUGAGUCCAACGAAACCCAGGUUUCGGUCAAUGCUGAGGCGGAUGCCCCUGUCGAGUCCUCCAUUGAGCCCAUCGCCGAGGAUGUCGAGGAGGAGAAGGCCGCUGAGGCCGCCACCGCAACCGAAGAGACUGCCGCUGAACCCGUGGCAACCUCUGUCCCAAUGACUGCCAAUGAAGCCGAGGUUGUUGAGAAGCAAGAUGCUCCAGCAGCUGAGCCUGAGGUGUCUGAGACCUCGGAACCAACAGAGGUUCAAGCCGACGCGCCCGAACAGGACGAUGCCGCCCCCGUUGAGGAGGCCGUCGUUUCCGAGCCUUUGGCCGACGCUGCUGAGGAGAAGCCCACUGAGGAAGUUGCCCCUGCUGUGCAGCCGGCAUCUGAGGCUGAGUCGAGCAACGUUGCCAUCGAUAUUGCCAACCUAGCAUUGAACUAA